AUGUCGCCCCCAGUGUUCCAGGCUGUGGACAUCCAGGGACCAGUCGCCACCUUGCACAGGAGCUUUUCCUUCCGGCAGGUCAUCUGCUCAGAGUCAGCGGAAUGGUUUGCCUUCGAGGAUGUGGCCAUCAAAUUCUCUCAGGAGGAGUGGGAAUGCCUGGACCCUGCUCAGAGGGCCUUGUACAGGGACGUGAUGGUGGAGACCUACAGGAACCUGCUCUCCCUGGUGUGUGGCAAAACCUUUCUUCAGGGAUCACACCUCAGUAGACAUCAGAUCGUCCAUACCAGAGAGAAAUUACAUAAAUGUGAUAUUUGUGAAAAAGUCUUUAGUCGAAAUUCAAACCUUAUGGUUCAUCAGAGAAUUCAUACUGGAGAGAAACCUUACAAAUGUAAUGAAUGUGUAAAGGUGUUUAGUCGGAAAUCAAACCUUGCAGUUCAUGAGAGAAUUCACACUGGAGAGAAACCUUACAAAUGUAUUGAGUGUGGCAAGGUCUUUAAUCAAAAACAAAUCCUUGCAAGUCAUCAGAGAAUUCAUACUGGAGAGAAACCUUACAAAUGUAAUGAGUGUGGGAAAACGUUUAGUCAGGGCUCAAAACUCAGGCGUCAUCAGAUAAUCCAUACAGCAGAGAAAUUACAUAAAUGUCAUAUAUGUUGCAGGGCCUUUAGUAGAAAUUCAGACCUUGCAGUUCAUCAGAGAAUUCAUUCUGGCGAGGAACCUUACAAAUGUAAUGAGUGUGGCAAGAUCUUUAGUCGGAAAUCAAACCUUGCAGUUCAUAAGAUAAUUCAUACUGGAGAGAAACCUUACAACUGUAAUGAGUGCGGCAAGGUCUUUUGUCAAAAAGCCACCCUUGCAAAGCAUCAGAGAAUUCAUAAUGGAGAGAAACCUUUCAAAAAUAAUGAGUGUUGAAAAGUUUUUAGUCAAAAUUUGUACCUUAAGGUGCACCAAAAAAUUCAUACUGGAGAGAAACCUUACAAAUAUAAUGAGUGUGGCAAAUCCUUUAUUGUACUUUGA